AUGGACACAUUAGCGAACAACAUCUCGCGUGAUAAGUUCCAGUUAAAUAAAACCAAAUGUAAAGAGAUGCGAAUUUGUUUUGGAUCUAAUACCAAUGACCUUCAACCAAUUACCAUCAAUAACAUUACACUGGAUAUUGUCCAACGCGCGAAAGCUUUGGGAUUGGUUAUAGCCAGUAACCUUAAGUGGAACAUCCACGUAAAUGAAAUAAUUACGAAAUGCCGUAAACGCCUUUAUUAUCUUAUUCAACUAAAACGAGCAAAUAUCGAAGACAAGGAAUUGCUCCAAUUUUACAAAACGUGUAUAAGACCUGUCUUGGAGUAUGCUUGCCCAGUGUUCCACAAUAGUCUGACAUUGUAUCUGUCAGAUGACCUAGAGUCAGUCCAAAAGCGAGCAUUAAAAAUAAUCCUGCCUCAUCAAGAAUAUGAAAACGCUCUGCAGUUUACUAAUUUGCAACGCCUUAGCGAAAGGAGGAAUGAUAUAACAACAGCGUUGUUUCAGAAGAUAGUAGCAGAUUUCUCACAUAAGCUUCAUGACCGUUUGCCUCCUCGUUUAGAACGUUGA